AGAAGAAGAAGAAGAAGACAUCCUACAGUCUGGUGUUCAGAUGAAAGCUUAUCCAAAUAUCUACGAAAAACAAGACUAAAACAUUGUUUUAAUAUGUUCGCAUGUUAAGAGCAUCUUUAUACCGCAGCUCUUCAUCGACGGAACGAGCACAUGAAUGAAUGAAGAGGUUUGAUCGUCAGCUCCGUGAUGUUCACAGACAUGGACUACGAGCUCGAGGAGGACAAACUUGGGAUUCCCACAGUUCCUGGGACAGUGACUCUGAAGAAAGACUCCCAGAAGCUGAUUGGGAUCAGUAUUGGGGGCGGAGCUCAGUUCUGCCCGUGUCUCUACAUCGUACAGGUGUUUGAUAACACCGCGGCCGCUCUGGACGGGACUCUGGCCGCCGGGGACGAGAUCACAGGAGUGAACGGCCGACCGGUGAAGGGAAAGACUAAAGUCGAGGUGGCCAAGAUGAUCCAGGCCGUGCAGGAUGAUCCGGUCGUGAUCCAGUAUAAUAAACUACAGGCCGACCCCAAGCAGGGCAAAUCUCUGGACAUCGUGCUGAAGAAGGUGAAGCAUCGUCUGGUGGAGAACAUGAGUUCAGGAACCGCAGACGCUCUGGGACUCAGCCGAGCCAUUCUGUGCAACGAUGGUCUGGUGAAGAGGCUGGAGGAGCUGGAGAAAACGGCUGAGCUUUAUAAAGGGCUGAUGGAGCACACGAAGAGACUGUUAAGAGCUUUCUAUGAGCUCUCGCAGACUCACAGAGCAUUUGGCGACGUGUUCUCCGUCAUCGGUGUCCGUGAGCCACAGGCCGCCGCCAGCGAAGCCUUCGUGAAGUUUGCUGAAGCUCAUCGAAACAUGGAGAAGUUCGGCAUCCGGCUGCUGAAGACCAUCAAACCCAUGCUGCAUGAUCUGAACACGUAUCUUAACAAAGCCAUUCCAGACACCAAACUCACCAUCCGCAAAUACCUGGACGUCAAGUUUGAGUACCUGUCGUACUGUCUGAAGGUGAAGGAGAUGGAUGAUGAAGAGUACAGCUGUAUCGCGUUGGGCGACCCGCUGUACCGCGUCAGCACCGGUAACUAUGAGUACCGCUUGAUUCUGCGCUGUCGACAGGACGCUCGCAAACGCUUCGCCAAGAUGCGCAAAGAUGUUCUGGAGAAAAUCGAGCUCUUGGACCAGAAGCACGUCCAGGACAUUGUGUUCCAGCUGCAGCGCUUCGUCUCGGGCAUGUCACAUUAUUACAAUGACUGCUACGGUGUGCUGAAGGAGGCCGACGUGUUCCCCAUCGAGGUGGAUCUGUCCCGCUCCAUGAUCAACUACAGCGGACAGAGCAUCUCCUACGAGGAGGAGGACGAGGACGAGACGGGAGGACGAGAGGAAGACGCUCCGCAGGCUGAGAACGGAGACGAGAAACUCAUCGACGACGCGUGAGCGAACGAGCCAGUGAAUUAUCAGCUGAGAAGGACAGAGGAGAGAGUGUGUGUUCAAUGAAAGAUGAUUAAUGAUAUGAAUAAAUACAUUAUAUAUGAGAUAUUUAAUAGUUCUAUAUUGAUAAACUACACUUUAAUUCAAAUCACUGAUCAAAGGGAAACGGAAUCACUGGUUGCCAGGUUACGCUCUUUAGAAUAGAAUGUUGACAGAAUUCAAACUUGUAAACAAACACGUUUUGCUUUAAAACUUUUCAAAUGAACAGGACCUGAAGUUAUUUGCACAACUACUUUGUGUUUUUCUUUCUUUUUUUAUGGCUUUGAAACACUGGAUGAAUAUUUUUACUCAAAUGAAUACGUGACUGUUUUUGUUGUUAUUUUUUGUGUGUUGCUGGUUUUGGGUUAUAUGAUUUAAUUUCAGCUGUGUAACUGUAGUUUAUGUACAUCCUAAUAAGAUUCAGAUGUCUUGAAAGCUAUAAAACAAAGGUUUGAUGAAGAAAAACCUGCCUUGUGAGUAAAAAUGUGAUGGACUUUCUCAUUAAACGUCUGAGCUUCAGGAAUAUUUG